AUGCGCGGCUUCAACAUCCAGCAGUUCCUUACCAGUCUCCCCAGAAUUUCACCGUUCGUCGGGGGCAGCUCGCAGGAUCACUUCCACGGCGCUAGUGGAAGCUCGUGGGAAGCUGUUGCCUCUUCAUCGUCCUGCGUAAGUCCUGCCAUUCCAAGGCUACGAUCUGACAUCGAUACUGCAUACUCCUCCUCGGUUGGCUCAUACUUUAGCUUGAAAAAUGUAGAGCUGCAGCCUAGCUGCGUGGCACUGCCGAGGUCUGCCGAAGAUGUAUCUGCCGCCAUUCGAACGCUGUCGCUCGGGGCCCACGUGUGGAAGGAUCAAUGCCAAUUUGGCAUCCGCGGAGGCGGCCAUACACCUUUCAAGGGUGCUGCCAGCCUUGAUGGCGGCAUUGUGCUGGAUCUCAUUCAUAUGCCAUCGGCUGGUCUAUCACCCGACCACGAAACGAUCACUGUCUCUCCCAGCACGGCAUGGGACACUGUAUACGAUACCCUUGCUCCCUACAACCGGAGCGCAGUGGGUACAAAGGUCUCAGGAGUCGGCGUAGGUGGCUCCGCUACUGCAUGCGGAGUGUCCUACCUGUCGUUCCGCUACGGCUAUAUCUGCGAUAUGGUCGAGAAUUUCGAAGUGGUGUUAGCCACAGGUGACAUCGUGAACGCCAACGCCGAAAACAAUCCGGAUCUGUGGAAGGCUCUUCGCGGCGGUGGCAACAACCUCGGUGUUGUGACGGCCUUGACUUUGAAGACAGUGGAGCAGGGUCCUUUCUGGGGAGGUCAGACCUUUCAUUCGUUUGACCUGCGGAAGAAAGUCUUCGCUGCCCACGUCGAGCUUGCCAACUCGUACCCCUAUGAUCAGUAUGCUCAUUUCAUGAACACUUUGAUUCUGAACAACAACACAAGAUCUUGGGCCAUGGCCAAUUCGCUCCAGUACACAAAGAGCGACCCACCGGUCCCGGAGCCAAAGGUCUUCAAACCAUUCCUGGACCUCCCUCAAACUCCUCUCAUGCCUGGCAUCCCACCAAACACUCUGCGUGUCGAUGAAAUGCCAAACUACGCACGCGAGUACGAUGCAUCAAAAUUUGGUCCAAAGCGAUGGAGUUUUGCCAUGUACAGCUUUGCUCCUGAUGCAGACUUCAUGGAGGAAUUUGUCCAGAUGACGGACGAGGCCAUGAAACCCUUCGUUGGUCUUCCCGGUUUCCUCCUCUCUCUCAACCUCCAAGCUGUUCCAACCGUCAUGUCUGAGCGCCGGGGAGCUGUGGACUCCCUUGGACCCAUCCAGACACAGGGUAACGUAAUCCUAAUUCAUUGGGCACUUGCCGUUGACGAGGAGGCUUGGGAGCAUGAUAACGACAUAACCAAUGCCAUGCAGGAGCUUUUCGCGGCCGCUGACAAAAAGGCCAAGAAGAUGAAUGUUUACCGCACCUAUACGCAAGCUACGUAUGCCGAUUACUGGCAGAACCCGUUCGAGGCCCGGAGCAAGAGUACAGUCGAGGAAUUGGUCAGGACCAGCAAGAAAUACGACCCCCUGAGAGUCUUCCAGAAGCAGGUCCCUGGAGGCUUCAAGCUUCCCGAGCUCUAG